AUGGAGAUUACAUACGCAUCUACAUCAACACAAUUACAGAUUAAAAGGGGAACGACGAAAUUGGCUUCGAUUGUUCAGCUUCCUGAUGAAAUCAUUGUGGAGAUUCUCUCCAGAGUACCAGUGAAGGCGCUUUUGCGAUUUAAGUGUGUCUGCAAAUUUUGGAAAGAUCUCAUUUCGAAGCCUGAUUUUUUUCUCUCCUCCACUGGAAGGGAACGAGCAAUUGUAGGAUUUUUACCUUACAGUAAGAGAAGGUAUGUUGACUCGAGACAUAUGUACUUCUAUUCAAUCGAUGAUAAAUUCUCAGUAGAAGAGCUUCCUGGUCCUGUUGGUGAAGUGCCAUCUGAUUAUUCUUCGUUUACAGUAUUUGGGACUUGUAAUGGUUUGAUACUCUUCGCGACUGUGCAAGGAAUGUACUUGUGGAACCCUUUGACCAGAUGCUGCAGGUUACUAACCCAACUCAAGGUUUUGGAAUAUAUGUACCCGCCACGUACGUUAAUCUUUACAGCUUCUGGGCUUUGCUUUGAUAAAUCAUCAGAUGAUUACAAAGCUGUGUUAGUGGGGUUUGAGGGCGGGUGCACUCGUGGUUAUAGUCAAUCUGUUUAUGUUGCUAGCUUAAGGACGGGAGAGUUGUUGUUGAAGGACCGUAAUUUCCCUUAUACGGUAUGUAGGAAAGAUAUUCCUAACAUUUCAUCAACAUCAGGAGUUCUAUUGAACAAUCACUUGCACUGGAUCAUGGGAAGGGAGCCCGAUUUUGUGCAGUUGUUAAUCUGUUUUGAUGAGGAGAUGAACCGGUUUACAGAAUUGCCAAUGCCAGAUAAACAUGAACAAUUUUCUUAUUUUGGUACUCAGUGUUUUAUGUGGAUGCCUUCGCAUGUCUAA